CACAGGCAAAGGAUACAUUUGGAUUUUUAUCCUUACAUCGGAGACAACCUUCCCUUUCUUAAGAGCCUGUUUAGUACCAGGACAACUUUACGCAGGAGAGAAAAAGAAUAUUCCAAAAUCUGCUCAUCUGACCUCACAGCCGGGAUGUUCAGAUGAAUCCAGUCGCUCCAGAAGGUAAAUGAGCGGUCUCUAAAGAUGUGACUGUCGGACUCAGCAGCAAAGCCUCCCCUCUGUGUCCAGUGCUGUGGCGCCCUCUGCUGUGUGACCGAGGAAGGUCAUCGAAGGGCAGGCAGUAUGGGGAACAUCUUCGAGGAAGGGAUGAACACAGUCAUCGUCAGACACUACAACCAGUCCGGGAAGUGGGACCGGCCUCGCAGCGGCGGGGCCUGUAAGAUGGCCGUGCUGCUCUUCAUCUGCGUGCUGAUCGUUCUGGAGAACGUCACUGUUCUGCUCGCUCUCUGGAGGAACAAACGCUUCCACAGCCGCAUGUAUUUCCUCAUUGGGAACCUGGCACUGUCAGACCUGCUGGCCGGUGUAGCUUAUGUGGUCAACAUCUUCACCUCAGGAAGCUACACCUUUUUCCUGACGCCGGUGCAGUGGCUGGCCAGAGAGGGGAGCAUGUUUGUGGCCCUCAGCGCGUCCACCUUCAGCCUUCUGGCCAUAGGAAUUGAGAGGCACAUGACGAUGGUACGCCUGCGUCCUUGUGAGACGUCAGGGCGAGGCAGACUUCUGGCGUUAUUGGCCGCUUGCUGGUUUGUGUCAGUGCUGAUCAGCGCCCUUCCCAGCCUGGGCUGGAACUGCCUCGACAAUCUGGCAUCUUGCUCUACGGUGCUGCCACUCUAUGCUAAAAGUUACAUCGCCUUCUGCAUCAGCGUGUUCAGUGCACUACUGGUGGCCAUCAUCAUCCUCUACAUCAGAAUCUACCGCCUGGUGACCUCCAGCGGCCGCAGGGUGAGCAGUCGACCUUCAGAGCGCUCCCUGGCUCUGCUGCGAACUGUGGUUAUUGUUCUCGGAGUGUUUGUCAUGUGCUGGGCCCCUUUGUUCCUCCUCCUCCUGCUGGAUGUUGGUUGUAGUCCAGAUAAGUGCCCUGUUCUCUACCAGGUGGACUGGUUCAUUGCCCUAGCUGUGCUCAAUUCAGCCCUGAAUCCUCUGAUAUACACGCUCUCCAGCAGGGAGAUGAGAGCCGCGUUUUUCCGGCUGCUGUGCUGCUGUCAGACCAGCCUGGAGACGGCUGGGACCCCCGUGGUGGGCAACCCGCACCUGGGAACAAUCAUCCCCACGGCAGAGAACAGCAAGACCAGUUAUGGCGGAGGAGGAGGCGGCGGAGGCAGCGGGGGUGGAAAGUCUACACUGAGCAAAGGGAAAGUUCCCACACCUGUGAACUCUGACAGCAAGCACGGAGAUCCCUCCGCCCUCACGGUGCCGCAUCCCGCCGGGCCUACAGACCUCCUCUCAGCCGUGCUCGUCAAGGCGGGGGCGCUGCCGCCACUCGGCAAGUUCUGAGCGCACCCGAAUGAGGAGAUGGUCCAACUACCAGUGACUUUUUCUUUGUGCACUAUGCUUUGUUGUAGCAUGGACGAGUAUGAAGACAUUAGCUCUGACAUUCAGCUGAGACCAGAUAAGUCCAGAUUGUGUUUUGCCACUACUUCCAGCAACUCAUAUUUUUUCACAAAAGAUUAAUAAAUGUUAAGCACAAUGGAUCACACAGGCAUUAUUUAACACUUGUAAGUACAGCAAACCCUUUUGAAGAUAUCAACAUGAAUUAGCUUAAACAAUGUCUGUGAAGAAUUUAUUGAUGCUUCAAGAGUAUCAUUAACAUUGUCAGUGUUGUCGCUCUGUAGGUUUAUUUUAAUACAUGAAUUUUCAUGAUUUUUCAUCAGAAACAAUCAGAUUUUGGCACUUUUUUAUUGCAUGUAUGCCGGGGUUCUUAUAACUCCUGCAUUUUUCAUCACAACUCCUUUUGGUAGAUUAUUAUUUUCUGUGAAAACAUUUGCCAUCAUAAUACUGUUUAUAUAUAUUAUU